AUGGAUGAGAAACCUUUGUUUAUUCAAGUAACUGAUGUCUUUCCCAUCCUGGAAGCCUUUGGGAAUGCCAAAACUGUCCUGAACAAUAACUCCAGCAGGUUUGGGAAACUCCUAUGGAUCCAUAUCCUUCAAGGCCAGGUUGUUGGAACCUCCAUCUCCCACUAUCUGCUGGAAAGGUCAAGGCUUGUCUUUCAGGCACGUAAUGAGCGUAAUUACCAUGUGUUUUAUGAGCUACUGGCAGGCCUGGAUGACAUACAGAAACAAGAACUGAGUCUACAGCAAUCAGAAACAUACUUCUACCUCAAUCAGGGUGGAGCAUGUGAGAUCACUAGCAAACAGGAGCACGAGGACUUCCUACGUUUGCUGCAUUCUCUAGGAAGAAUUGGGCUGUUGGAGGAUCAACUGAAAACAACGUGGUCCAUCUUGUCCUCCAUCUUGCAGCUGGGCAAUGUUUGUUUCACAUCCUAUGAGGAUGGAUCCCAGGAGCUCGCUGUCAUUGUUAGUUACACCGAGAUACGAAUUGUGGCCCAGAUGCUACAGGUCUCUUCAGACAGGCUUCACGGUGCCAUCACACAGCGUGUGACAGAGACCAGUUAUGACCGGAUAUUUUCCCCUCUCUCUGUGGAAGGUUCCAUAGAUGCCAGAGACAGUAUCACCAAAGCACUUUAUUCUGUCCUGUUUGAUUGGCUCAUCCAGCAAACCAAUCUGUGUCUGAUGCCGGUGGAGAUGGAUAGCUCAGUGGGGAUUGUGGAUGUCUAUGGAUUCGAGGAUCUGGGCGUGAACAGUUUUGAGCAGCUUUGCAUCAACUAUGCCAAUGAACAGCUGCAGCAUUUCUUCAGCCAGGCUGUGCUUACACAGGAACAGGAAGAAUAUUCCCGGGAACAGAUUGAUUGGGCUUUCAUUCCGGUAUCUGAUCGACGGAAUUGUUUAGACCUUAUCAUGGCCAAACCACAUGGAAUUCUGCGCAUUCUGGAUGACCAAACCAACUUGCCUCAGGCAACAGAUCACACCUUCCUCCAGAAAUGCCACUACCAGCACAGCAACAAUCCCUGGUAUGUGAAACCCAAACUGCCUCUCCCAGUUUUUACAAUUAGACAUUAUGCUGGUCCAGUGACAUACCAGGUUCAUAAAUUCCUGGAUAAAAAUCAUGAUCAACUGAGACCAGAAGUGAUGGAACUGUUCAUGGACAGCAGGAAUAAGAUGAUCGCUGACCUAUUUAAGAGAGCACAGCAGAGUCUGUGUCAGCAGUACCGGAUUGGCUCGCGUUGUCGAGGACAUCGACACCAGUCACCAACCGUGGCCACCAAAUUUCGGCAAAGUCUCCUGGAUCUGAUCAGCAGACUGAAGAGGUGUAACCCAUUUUUCAUUCGAUGCAUUAAGCCCAACAUUAAAAAGAUCCCUGGCCAGUUUGAUGUAGAGUGUGUUGGUGCCCAACUCAGAUACUCUGGGAUCAUGGAGGCAGUCCACAUUCGAAAGGAAGGUUAUCCUGUCAGAAUUCUCCUGCCGGAUUUUAUCAGCAGGUACAGCAUUUUACAGAAGGGGAAUUGCUCAGAAAGUGAGUUCUGCUCUUCUAUCCUCGAGAAGGUCGCUGAGGGUACUCCGGGGCUUUAUCAACUUGGACUCACCAAGAAGAAGGAGGAUGUAAGUGCAGAAUUCGAGAAGAUGGACUGUGAGGUUCUAGAGCAAAUCGAUAUAAGGAAUGAGGAGGUGUUUUUGAAGAAUGAGCUUUUCAAUCAGUUAGAGCAUUGUUGGCGGAAGACCCAGAACUGGGCAGCUGUCACCAUUCAGAAAAACAUCCGUGGCUUCAUCAACAGGAAAAUCUUCCAGAUCUUCAAACAGAAGAUAGUCAUUAUUCAAUCUCAUAUCAGAGGACACCAGGCCAGGUCAACCUCCUCUGCACCAUCUAAUAGUGUGGCAUGUGUAAAAUAUUCCAUAGCUUUUGAGGCAGUAACUCUCACUUAUAGGAAUGAUAGGCUUCCUGUAGCUACACGCUUCUACGGCCUCAAAGAGUACCUUUAUCAACCAAAUCAACGAGUCUUGGCUCAAGUCAGCUCUAGUGGUCAACUCUGCAAAGAUGCAUAA